CGAAGCCCACUCGAGGUUGAGAUAGACGGGGCAGAGAGGUUGCCUUUCUGGAGGUUUGCUGUACUUUAUGCGAAAAGACAGCGGAUUUUAAAGACCUGCCGAGACCCUGCUAUUUUAUGAUAUCGACGCACUUUUACCAGAGACUAUUUAGCAGAGACGGGCCACUUCUAUUUAAUUGAAUGGGAGAAAUUGGAAAGCCCAACCAAGAAGCUCUAGAGCCCAACAGUCAAUGGAUGUAGAAAGGAAGUCCCGCCUUACAGGUUUUCUGUGUUUCCUCUCCAGAAGUUCCUGUUCUUAGAUGGUAACAGAGAGCUUAAGAUAAGAGAGAGAAAAUGGCAGUAUGGAUCCAGGCCCAGCAGCUGCAGGGAGAUGCUCUUCACCAGAUGCAAUCUCUCUAUGGGCAACACUUCCCCAUAGAGGUGCGACACUACCUGUCCCAGUGGAUAGAGGGCCAACUCUGGGAUGCAAUAGAUUUAGAGAACCCUCAUGAGGAGAUUAAAGCCAAGCGUUUAUUGGACAAUCUGAUCCAGGAACUAGAGAAGAAAGCAGAGCAUCAAGUAGGAGAGGACGGAUUCUUACUCAAGAUCAAAUUAGGACAUUAUGCUUCACAGCUAAAGAGCACAUAUGACCGCUGUCCAUUGGAGUUGGUGAGAUGCAUCAAACACAUUCUAUACACAGAGCAAAGACUUGUCAGGGAAGCAACCAAUUCAAGUUCACCGGUGGGCGGAUUGAUGGACAGCAUGUCGCAGAAGUACCAUCAGAUAAAUCAGGUGUUUGAGGAGCUCCGAAUAUUGACUCAGGACACAGAGAAUGACCUCAGAAAACUACAACACAACCAAGAAUACUUCAUUAUACAAUACCAAGAGAGCCUCAGGAUACAGGCUCAGUUAUCGAGUCUGGCUACGUUGCCCCCAGCAGACAGACAGCUCAGAGAGCCCAGUCUGCUCAGCAAGAGAGCCACUGUAGAGGCCUGGCUGACCCGAGAGGCCAACACCUUGCAGAAAUACAGACUGGGCCUGGCAGAGAAACACCAAAAGACACUGGCAUUGCUACGGAAACAGCAGACGGUGAUUCUUGACGACGAGCUGAUUCAGUGGAAGAGACGUCAACAGCUGGCUGGCAACGGAGGACCACACGAGGGGGGUCUGGACAUACUACAGUCAUGGUGUGAGAAGCUAGCUGAAACCAUUUGGCAGAAUCGACAGCAGAUCCGGAGGGCGGAGCAUCUGAGACAGCAGCUGCCCAUUCCUGGCCCCAUUGAAGAGCUGCUCACCGAACUCAACAGCACCAUUACAGACAUCAUCUCAGCUUUAGUAACCAGUACCUUCAUCAUUGAAAAGCAGCCUCCUCAGGUGCUGAAAACACAAACUAAAUUUGCAGCGACUGUGCGUUUGCUGGUGGGCGGGAAACUCAACGUGCACAUGAACCCGCCACAGGUCAAAGCCACCAUCAUAAGUGAACAGCAGGCCAAAGCUCUGCUCAAGAACGAGAACACCAGAAAUGAUAGCAGUGGAGAGAUCUUGAAUAACAACUGUGUGAUGGAGUACCAUCAGACCACAGGCACAUUGAGUGCACACUUUAGAAACAUGUCUUUGAAGCGAAUCAGACGCUCGGACCGUCGAGGAGCGGAGUCUGUUACAGAGGAGAAAUUCACCAUUUUGUUUGAGUCACAGUUUAGCGUUGGGGGGAAUGAGCUGGUAUUUCAGGUUAAGACCCUCUCUUUGCCGGUGGUGGUGAUUGUCCAUGGAAGUCAAGAUAACAAUGCUACAGCCACCGUUCUUUGGGACAACGCAUUCGCUGAACCGGGACGAGUGCCCUUCAUAGUUCCUGACAAGGUGUUAUGGCCGCAGUUGUGCGAGGCUCUGAAUAUGAAGUACAAGGCAGAGGUGCAGUCGAAUCGAGGUCUGUCUGAGGAGAAUCUGGUCUUCCUCGCUCAGAAAGCCUUCAGCAGCUCUAGCGUCAACCCUGAGGAAUACCGCAACAUGAACAUGACCUGGUCACAAUUUAAUAGGGAGAGUUUACCAGGCAGGAACUUCACUUUUUGGCAGUGGUUUGAUGGUGUCAUGGAGCUUACUAAAAAACACCUGAAGCCUCACUGGAAUGACGGGGCGAUUCUUGGCUUUGUGAACAAACAGCAAGCUCAGGACAUGCUGAUGUCCAAACCCAACGGAACCUUCUUGUUGCGCUUCAGUGACUCGGAAAUAGGUGGCAUCACUAUAGCCUGGGUGGCAGAGAACCCUAACAAAGCAGGAGAAAGGAUGGUCUGGAACCUCAUGCCGUACACAACCAAAGACUUCUCCAUCCGCUCUUUGGCGGAUCGCAUCAGCGAUCUGAACCAUCUCUUGUUUCUCUAUCCUGACCGGCCCAAAGACGAGGUCUUCUCCAAAUACUACACCCCUCCGCUGUCUAAAGCUGUGGAUGGAUAUGUCAAACCACAAAUCAAACAAGUUGUUCCAGAGUUUGCGACACCUAACCCUGAUCCAGCAGCAAACCCCACCUACAUGGACCAUGUGGCCUCUCCAGCUGUAAAUCAUCCUCAUAAUUAUGGACUCUAUCCUCCCAUUGGUGACCCUAUGCUGGACGCUGAUGGUGAUUUCGAUCUUGACGAUACCAUGGAUGUAGCCAGACAUGUGGAGGAACUUCUCCGUCGACCAAUGGAGGGCCAGUGGAGUGGCCAGCAGUCAUGACCUCUUGACUAACGCCUGUGACGUCUCUCUCUAAAUAUUAAUGUUUUUUGUUUAAAUUCAUUACUCUUACACCUUCUUUACCCCCCUCUCAUUGUGGGUCUUUAUGGUUCUUUUCUCUCUCUCUCUCUCUCUCUCUCUCUCUCUCUCUCUCUUCUUUCUCUCUCUCCUCUCUCUCACACUUCCUCUUUCAUUUUCUUUCUGUUCUUGUUCAUUUUUAGUUUACCUCUUUUUCUUUUCCAGUAAAUGUUUUUUUCUAUAGAAGAGAAAGGAACUAAUGGAAGAAAUACUAUGGGCCUUCCUGUUAUUAAAUACCACCAAACAGUAUUGUAGAAAAAAGAGAGAAACA